AUGGACAAGGGACUGGUUUCCCUGGUCGUGCUGCUUGCAGCAGUGAUGUACAUGAGAAGCGGGCAGAACGUCACAUACAGCGUAGAGGAUCCCGACGAUGUCUACGAUUAUAUUAUCGGAGGAGGAGGGACGGCAGGAUGUGUGCUCGCUAACCGUCUGUCUGCGGACCCUGAUGUGAAAGUACUGCUAGUGGAGGCCGGUGGGCUGCCUGAGGGUAACAAGGACAUAGAUAGACCAGCUUCAUAUGCGUUUCUGAAAAACACAAAGGUUGACUGGCGCUACAUGACAGUGCCGCAGAAAUUCUCAUGCCAGGCCUGCGAGAAGAAGCAAAGCCUGUGGUCAAGAGGAAAGGUACUUGGAGGCAGCAGCUGCAUAAAUGCUAUUGUUUAUGCUCGUGGAUCCCCUGAAGAUUAUAACAAGUGGGAGAAGAUGGGAGCAUCGGGAUGGAGUUAUGAAAACGUACUUCCAUUCUUUAAAAAGUCAGAGAACGUAAAGAUACCUGAUCUAAAGAACUCUAAGUACCACGGCGUUAGAGGACCUCUAACUAUCACUCAAUCCACCUACACGGAACUUGGGAAUUUGUUUCUGGACGCAGCGCGAGAGUUAGGCUAUAGAGUUGGCGAUAUAAAUGGAGCAAGCCCCUAUGGAGGAGGAAGGACGGCAGGAUGUGUGCUCGCUAACCGUCUGUCUGCGGACCCUGAUGUGAAAGUACUGCUAGUGGAGGCCGGUGGGGUGCCUGAGGGUAACAAGGACAUAGAUAGACCAGCUUCAUAUGCGUUUCUGAAAAACACAAAGGUUGACUGGCGCUACAUGACAGUGCCGCAGAAAUUCUCAUGCCAGGCCUGCGAGAAGAAGCAAAGCCUGUGGUCAAGAGGAAAGGUACUUGGAGGCAGCAGCUGCAUAAACGCUAUUGUUUAUGCUCGUGGAUCCCCUGAAGAUUAUAACAAGUGGGAGAAGAUGGGAGCAUCGCGAUGGAGUUAUGAAAACGUACUUCCAUACUUUAAAAAGUCAGAGAACGUACAGAUACCUGAUCUAAAGAACUCUAAGUACCACGGCGUUGGAGGACCUCUAACUAUCACUCAAUCCACCUACACGGAACUUGGGAAUUUGUUUCUGGACGCAGCGCGGCAGUUAGGCUAUAGAGUUGGCGAUAUAAAUGGAGCAAGCCCCUAUGGGGUUAUGAAGGCACAUGCAAACAUCAGAGAUGGCACCCGCGCACACACUGCCAAAGUCUACCUGCAACCUGUCGUAGGCAGGCCAAAUCUACACGUCAUAACUCACGCCCACGUCACCAAGGAUGACAGUCGCAUGAUCAUGAAAUGA